CUGUCCCUCUGCGGAGCCUGCCACUGUCCUGCCUGCCUCCUUGCCUGCCUCCUUUCCCUUUGACAGCGGAGGAUCCCUGUGGCCGGUAGUGGGCCAUGCUCCAAGCCGGAGGAAGCCUCCUGGAGUGGUGAGGAGGAAACCCUCUUCCCUCCUGUGGAAGCCACCUCUUCUUCUUCUGCUCCAGCAAAACCAGUGGUGAAAAGUUUCCCAGCUCAUCAUAACCAGACACCAUGGUGGAUUACUAUGAGGCACUGGGAGUGCCCCGCAAUGCCUCACCGGAUGAUAUCAAAAAAGCAUACAGGAAGAAAGCUCUGCAAUGGCAUCCUGAUAAACCAGACAACAAGGAAUAUGCUGAGCAGAAGUUCAAGGAAAUAGCAGAGGCCUAUGAGUUGCUUUCAGACAAGAGCAAGCGUGAAGUCUAUGACCGAUAUGGCAAAGAGGGGCUCAUGGGUGCAGGUGCGCCCAGUGGUUCCAGACCUCAUCCAGGACCUGAAUUCACCUUUACUUUCCGCAGCGCCCAUGAUGUCUUCCGGGACUUCUUUGGAGGACGAGAUCCUUUUGCUGACUUCUUUGAUGAUCCCUUCUCAGACUUGCAUGGGCAUGGUCCCCGACAUCCUGCAGCAGGGACAUUCUUCUCAUCUUUUCAAGCAUCACCAGAGUUCUUUUCCCCUACACUUGGUCCUGGGAUGAAUGCAGGGAUGGGCUUCCGCUCUGUCUCCACCUCCACAAGGUUCAUCAAUGGCAAACAAAUCACUACUAAGAGGAUCAUCGAAAAUGGGCAGGAGAGGAUAGAGGUGGAAGAAAACGGGGAGCUGAAAUCAAUCCAGAUUAAUGGUGUUCCAGAUGACUUGGCACUAGGCCUGGAGCUGAGCCGGCGGGAGCAGCAGGCCGUGCAGAACCGUAGGGCAUCAUCAUCGCCCCCAGUGACACUGCCUCAGCGCCCACCUCCAAAGCGCCCGACCCCCAGUUCAUCCCCUGUGAUUUUGUACACAGACAGUGAUGAAGAUGAUGAGGACUUGCAGCUGGCAAUGGCCUACAGCCUGUCUGAGAUGGAGGCUAAGGGCCAGCACAGAGCAGGUGUGUUCUGAGUCUGGAAGAGCCAUGGGGGAUGGCCUCUCUAGCAUUCGUGCUCACAGAAGGCUACUCAAGCCUGGACUUCGCCUGCUGUUCCCCUACCUGAGCUCUGCCCCAGGGGACCAGCAGGUGCCGAGUGUGUGACUUUCUCCCCAUUAGUUCUCUCUGCUGUGUGUCAGGUAGCGCUCACUAGCUCGUGAGGGGCCAGGCUGGCUACAGCCUGCACCAUGUACAAGUAGCUACACUGCUGAUGUUGCUCCUGAAUUAAAAAGAAAAAACUUUUGGGAGGGGGAAGAUUCUCCAGCCCGGGGAAAGCCAAGGCCUCUUUUGCCUAUAUUCUCCUUCACUUCAUUCCCAACACACACUUCACCCUUGUCCAUUGGAAGAAGAGCUCCUGCUAAGGAGUGAAAUGGAUUUGGCUGUGAGGAUGGACACUUGUGCAGCAGGGGUUAAAGGGAGAUAGAAGUAUCAUAUCAACUGGGAGGUGUAGAAUGCAAGGCACCCUUUCAAACAGGUUACUAGUGUGGAGAGCGUUGGCUGCUACACAGUGCUGCUUGUGCUUCUAUAGCUGCACAGGUGUAUGUGUGUACGAUGGGAAGAAAGGACAUUGCACAAUGAAGAAAGGGUAGCUUUCAGGUGCAACACCAUCACAGCAUCUCCUUGUGUUAUUGAGGGCCCUAUGCUCUAGCGGCAAGGGCUAGAAACCAAGUCUCCCACAUCCAAACAAAGGCUCUUCUGGACCAGGCUUUCCAUAGACAGACAGUGAACAAGAGCAAGUGAGCACACAGCUGCAGCCUCUUCUAACAGCAUGGAAAGAGAAGGCUGUGGCUGUAUCUCUAACCCCCACCCCAGUUUGGGAAAUCCUCUGUCUAAAGUAACAGGGCUACAAUUAAUACAUAGCUGUUCAACAUGUUUGUAACUUGGGAGAGCAAGACUGAUCUCAUUUGUAACUCAAAAGUGCUGGCCUGGCAUAGAACAAAAAGCAUUUAUCAAUAAACCUCUUUGCAAUUAA